UCAUGGCAUUUCAUUGUACGCGGCAGUCGCGGCCUCGCAUCCGCGGGGGGAUCGCGUGCUUGCGUUGCCAUGUCGCGCUGCCGCACGCACAUUGCUCUAUUUACAAUCCCAUACAUAACCAUUGUUAUCGAAACAUUAGAUCGCGGUACUCGCGUCGCGAGAUGAACAUGACCCACCACCACCCACGAACUUUACUUUCAUUCAUAAAAAUUUGACAAGUGACGAAAAUGAAAUGGACACAGUGCGGCUUACAAUGAUAAUUAACGCGAUAUUCUUUUGUUUAGUGAUGGGCGCGGCGCUUACGGAAGCGCCUGACGAUGCAGAUCCAUGUUUAUGUGUGUCCGGUGAGAAUGGUUUUGUGGAGUGCAAUGUACGGACGUUGUCGUCGGACAGAGAUGUCGUCGGUUCGAUGCACUCGGAUGGUGCGGAGCGGCUUGCAAUUCGUUGUAGCCCGCUUCUCCUGGAAAGCACGUUGCGGGAUCAUCACUUUGGAAAAAUGCAAGGUUUGGCGGAGAUAUCUAUAAAUAACUGCAAAAUACUUCGUCUUCCUGGUAACGUGUUCGAGGGUUUAAGAGGCCUAAAAACUUUGAAGAUACGCACUAUGAAUACAGAGUGGAACAGCAAUAAAGAACUAGACCUGACACUUGGAGCAUUUAACGGCCUUAGAGAAUUGCACACUCUAGACUUAGCAUAUAACAACAUCAGAAAGAUACCAUCGGACCUGUUCUGUGCACUGGAAAAUAUAAUUUCUCUCAACUUGACUCAUAAUAAAAUCAAGUUUGUCGACGAACUGGGCUUUGGCCAUAAAUGUGGCUCUACAUUGCAGACGAUAGACUUAAGUCACAAUGAUAUUAUGUCGUUGCCAGCUGAUUCGGAAAUUUUACAUUUGCGGAGACUGACUCAUUUGUACUUACAAAACAAUAAAAUAAGUGAGUUGCCCAGUGACGUAUUCAGUGAUUUGCUUUCGCUGAAAUUUGUAAAUAUUUCCAAUAAUGCAAUAAAUUACUUACCAGAGGGAUUAUUUUAUAACACGCGAGAAAUUCGUGAAAUUUAUAUGCAAGAUAAUGAGCUGGAAAUUUUGCCCAAGAGAAUAUUUAAUCGGUUGGAACAAUUGCUCGUUUUAGAUCUUUCGGCGAAUAAAUUGAGGAUCGACCACAUAGAAGAUGAAACGUUUGGUGGUCUAAUAAGAUUAAUCGUGCUCGACCUGUCCCACAAUGCGGUCGCAAGGAUCAGUCGCAAUAUGUUUAAAGAUUUGUUCUUUUUGCAAAUACUUAGUUUGAAUAAUAACACCAUAGCGCAUAUAGACGACAACGCCUUUUCACCGCUUUUUAAUUUGCAUACAUUGAACUUGGGUCAAAAUAAAAUACGUACAAUUGAAGAUCACGUGUUUAAUGGACUUUUUAUAUUAAAUAAGCUUAAUUUAAAUAAUAACUUAUUGUCGUAUGUUAGUGACAAUGCAUUUAAAAACUGUUCGGACUUGAAAGAAUUAGAUUUAAGUUCCAAUAAAUUAACAAAAAUUCCAGAGGCAAUUCAGCAAUUACCGUUUUUGAAAUCUUUAGACUUGGGAGAAAAUUUAUUGACAGAAAUAACAAAUAACUCGUUUCAAAAUUUAUCUCAAUUAACCGGGUUGCGUUUAAUUGACAAUCAAAUUGGAAAUCUUACUGCUGGUAUGUUUUGGGGGUUACCUAGCUUACAGGUACUGAAUUUGGCAAAAAAUAAAAUACAAUUGAUUGAGACAGAAACCUUUCAAAAGAACACACAAUUGGAAGCCAUACGGUUAGAUGGAAACUUCAUUUCUGAUAUAAAUGGUGUGUUUGUAGCUUUAACGAAGUUAUUAUGGUUGAAUUUAUCUGAGAAUCAUUUAGUUUGGUUUGAUUACGCUUUCAUACCAAGAAGUUUAAAAUGGCUGGAUAUUCAUGCAAAUUUUAUUGAAAUCCUAGGUAAUUAUUAUAAAAUUAAAAAUGAAUUGCAUGUUAAAACGUUAGACGCUAGUCAUAAUCGUUUGAUAGCUCUAUCUGCAAUGUCUAUACCUAACAGCGUCGAGUUACUGUUUAUUAAUAAUAACUUUAUAUCGAGCAUAGAGAUUGAUACGUUUUUAGACAAGAGAAAUUUAACUCGAGUCGAUAUGUAUGCCAAUGAGAUUGAAAGUUUGGACAUAAAUAGUUUGCGUGUUUCGAGAGUAGUUGAUGAUCGAGCUCUGCCAGAGUUUUACAUUAGUGGUAAUCCCUUCAGAUGUGAUUGUACGAUGAAAUGGCUUUUGCUUAUUAAUUCGAUAACUUCUAAAGAAUAUCCACGUGUGAUGGAUUUAGAAAAUGUGAUAUGUAAAGAAUCCUAUGUACGUGGUGUUAAAUAUCUUCCAGUGAGUUCUCUCCUUGUAAAAGAUUUUUUGUGUAAAUACGACAGUUAUUGUACAGAUUCUUGUAAUUGUUGCGAUUUAGUUAACUGUGAUUGUAAAGCUGUAUGCCCUAGGAAUUGUUCUUGUUAUCAUGAUUCAUCCAAAACAACUAGCGUCAUUGAUUGUUCUGUGAAACAAUUUAAAAUUAUACCUUACGACUUUCCUGUAGUAGCAACACAUAUAUAUUUGGAUGGAAAUGUAUUUAAUGAUCUCAAUGAGACUAUUUUUAAUUCAAUGCGAAAUGCUAUUGUUGUAUAUCUGAAUUCUAGUAAUAUUUUAAAUAUUCACAAUAAUACAUUUAAUCAACUAGGUGCUGUAAGAAUAUUGCAUUUAGAUAACAACAAAAUAAAACGUUUACUGGGUUUGGAGUUCUCUAAGCUAAGCAACUUGAAAGAACUGUAUCUUCAGAGUAAUGUUAUUGAGUAUAUUUCAAACGAAACGUUUUCCUCUUUGGGCGCCCUGGAAAUUUUACGCUUGGAUGGAAAUAGACUCGUAAAUUAUGGAGUAUGGCAUUUAGACAAUAAUAAGAAAUUACAAACGGUUUUUAUUGGUAGUAAUUAUUGGUCAUGUGAUUGCAAAUACUUGCAAGGCUUUAUAAUUUAUAUUUCUCAAAAUGUUGAAAAAAUAAUAGACAUUAAUAAUUUGUGGUGUGUAAACGAGAAGAUGAACCCAGCAAAGAAACCACUGAAUUUAAAUAUCACUGUAUGUAGCGAAAUAAGCGAUUCUUCUAUGAUAAGCGCAUUUUUCGUAUCUAAUAACUUGCCUUUACUGGCAUCUGCUUUAACUGGGUUUAUGCUUAUUUUACUCAUUUUAGCUUUAGUAUUCACGUUUCGAUACGCUUGUAGAAUGUGGUUGUAUUCAAACUGCGGAAUUAAGCUUUCUCCACUAGCUGGUGCCUUUAAAGAUUCUGAUAAACUUUAUGACGCUUAUAUUUGUUAUAGUCCUAAAGACGAGGAAUUUGUUAUAGAGUCGUUGGCCCGAGAGCUAGAAAACGGUUAUCCAUCUUAUCACCUCUGUCUGCAUUACAGAGACGUCCCGCAGUUUGAGGCAACAUAUGCUCAGUUUCCAGAUUUAGUCGUUGAGGCAACGGAAGCCUCUAGGCGUAUUAUAGUAGUUCUAACAAAAAACUUUAUCUUAACUGAAUGGUCACAAAUAGAGUUUCGACAGGCUCUACAGAAAGCGCUCCGGAAGAAUCCACAUAAAUUAAUAAUAGUAGCCGCAGGGCUCGUCCCACGAGAUCCGGAACUAAAGUCAUAUUUUAAAACGGGUUUGGAGAUAACGUGGAAAGAGAAACGUUUUUGGGAAAGGUUACGUUACGCGAUGCCGUUGUCGAAACGUCAUGGUCAAAAGUUAAAAAGACUCAAUUAUGGAAGAAAUUCUAACACAUAUACCGUAGACGCAUCUGUGUUGAAUGGUACUUGUCAAACGCUUUGCGGCAAGUCAGCUAAUUCCGUAGAGCGCUCUCCAUGCGAUCGUCCUUUAUCUGAACAUAUCUAUUCAACAAUUGAUUCAGACUAUUCGUCUAAUGAUUUUCAAGGGCGUCCCAAUCAGCCACAGUCCGUGGUUUUGCAGCAUACUGUUCAAACGUACCUGGUGUAAAGUACCUCAGUAAAUAUUAACCUCAAGUGAUCUCUCAUGAUUGAUCUGUAAAGCCUUAGAUUUAGCCUUAGGCAAGCGUUGAAAUCUUGUUUGAGUAUAGACGAAAAUCGUCCGAUGUUGUAAAUAAUAGGAUUUGUACCUAAUCAAUUUCUAUAGUUAAGUAACUUUUGUACAAUUAUACCAAAUUUUCGCAUUUCAAAUGAUAUGCUUCUUCGUAUUUAUUACUUUUUUAAUAAAAAAGUUUUAAGUAUUAAUUGGAAAGACUGUAAAUUAUUGUGUAGUUGUAUUUCAAUUGGCUGAUGUUUGUAUAGGUAUGUAAUU